UUGGCAAGCUUGCAACAAGGCUGGCGCGAAACUUCAACCAUCUUAUCUUCCCAAUCUUCCUUCCUAGACGCCUUACUCCCAUCCUCUUCCAUAUUACUUCGACAAACUCGACUCGCCUGCCAAUCGGUUUUCACAAGCCCCAAGAACGCCCAUCGACUGCACGUCAGUUGCCAUGUCGGAUUCGGAAGAAUUGAACGAGAUCCCCGAAGACGCGGGCUCCGACCUCUUCGGUGAAACGGACGACGAGGAUAUCCUCCCGCGAAGCGAGCGUGGUGCCGGCUCUGACGAGGACGAAGCACGAGAAGGCAGGGGCGAAGCUGGUGACGAUGACGACGAGAAACGUGUCGGGUCCGAUGACGAUGAAGACCGUCAGUCCGUUGACGUUCAGAACAAAGUGGUCGAGUCGGUGGAAGUGCAGCGGCAUAGGGUACCCAAGACCGGAGACGGCACCCUACGAUCGUUCCGUGUACCCAAAUUCAUUCGCAUCCUGCCCGAGCUGUACGACCGCGGCACGUUUGAACCCACGGAAGCGGACAUUGCCAACGCCAAAGCAGAGAACCCCAAGGCGGACAUCCGCGUCCGCAAGGACCCCGCGACGGGCCAACUGCAGAGCAACGCCCUGCUCCACCGGUGGAGCGACGGGUCGCUGACGCUGUCGAUCGGCGACGAGCACUUCGAGGUGAGCAGCAAGAUGCUGGCGCCGCCGCUGGACAAGGCGUACCAGGAGCUCCAGGACGGGCACUACUACGCGGCGGCGCCGAACCUGAGCAGCAACCACUAUAUGAUGGUGGGGCACGUCUCGGAGCAGUACGCGGUGCGGCCCGGCAAGGAGGUGGAGGACGACGCGCUGGCCAAGCUGGCGGAGCGCAUGGCGGCGGCGUCGCGCGGCGUGCACGAGGCCGACAUGAUCAUCAAGACGGUCAAGGACCCGGAGCUGCAGAAGAGGCAGGCCGAGCAGGCGGAGAAGGAGCGCAUGAAGGCGCAGCGGAGGCGCGAGACGACCCAGGCGAGGCAGGAGGGCGGCGCGGGUGCCGGCGCGCGGUACGGACGCAGCGGCGGGGCCGGCGCGCUCUCGAUCGGCGACCUGGAAGGCCGGAAGGCGGGCGGCGGGUCGCGGAAGAGGGGCGCGUCGGGCGUGGGCGCGGGGGGUAGGGCGAAGCGGAGACGGCCCGAGUAUGACUCGGAUGACGAUCUUCCGUCGGGGGCCCGGCGCGCGGGAGACGAUUACGACCUGGGAGACGACUUUAUCGCGCCCAGCGAUGAAGAUCUCAGCGACGAAGGGGGUGGUGAUGACGACGACGACGAGGAGGAGGAGGAGGUGCUGGAUGAUGAGGACGAGGAUGAGGCACCGCGAAAGAAGAGGCGGCGGUCGGUGGAGUCUGAGGAUGAGGACGCCGAGGGGGACCUUGACGAUGAGGUUGCGGCGGAAUCUACUAGUCGUGCGAGGAGGCGACCAGUCAUUCAUGACGAGGAUGACGAGUAGAGGGGUGAAGUCAUGGCGUCAGGCUUCAGGACGCUUUGUUCUUUGCCAUUUUCCCCUCUAGAGUAUUGGAAUUUCAAUGCCGGGCGCGAAGCAUACGUCGUAAGAAAGAGCACGGAACUAAUUUGUAUACUACCAGGCUUAGAGGUACGCAUACAGGGGGCCAAUGGGAUUAGCAACAACUACAAUCUGGAAAUCGGAUUCAGCGGCCUGCCCGUGUCUGUCCGUCUUUGUAUUGGGCAUUUCAGUUUUUUCUUUCUUUUUUGAGCUUGAUAAUGUAAGGC